CACUGACAUCAAACUGCAGACUAAGAGCUGCGUGAUGGCCACGUUCGCGAUCAACUCCUUACUGAACUACAAAACAGAAAAAUACAUUGUUACAGAAAACAAGGCAGUCGGAGUUUUGCACAGACUUUUUCAGUUAUCUGUCAUUGGUUACAUAAUAGGGUGGGUUUUCAUAGUCAAGCAAGGCUACCAGGAGAUAGAAGAUGCCAUCCAGAGUUCUGUCAUAACUAAAGUGAAGGGAACUGCGGUGACCAACACCAGUGAAUCUGGUCUGCUUGUGUGGGGACCUGAGGAGUAUGUCAUCCCCCCACAGGGUGAAGAUGUUCUGUUUGUUGUAACCAGCUUCUUAGAGACACCAAACCAGAAGAUGGGUUACUGUGCUGAGAGCUACAAAGUGGCUAAUGCUCGCUGCAGUGUUAACAAGGACUGUAAAAAGGGAAAGAUGGUGGAGUCUGGUCAUGGAGUCAUGAGCGGCAAAUGCAUAAGAAAUAAUGAAAACUCCAAUGGGACCUGUGAAAUCUUUGGCUGGUGUCCUACUGAAAAAGACAUCAAACCACAAAAGCCUUUGCUCAAAAAUGCUGAAAACUUCACCAUCUACGUCAAGAAUUUCAUCCAGUUUCCUAAAUUCUCAUUUUCAAAGUCCAACAUCCUCAAAACAACUGAUCAAUCCUACUUGAAGAAAUGCAGAUAUGAUAAGAAACAAUACCCCUACUGCCCCAUCUUUCGCCUGGGAGACAUUACGAGAAGAGCUGGAUGCAACUUCCAGGACAUGGCCACACUUGGUGGUGCUAUUGGCAUUGUGAUACAGUGGGACUGUGACCUUGACAAAGGCACCUCUCACUGUAAUCCAGAGUACCAGUUCACUCGCCUGGAUGCCACUGUCUCCAACAAGAGCAUCGCAGCAGGAUUUAACUUCAGACAUGCAAGAUACUUUAAAAAUGCUGCUGGUGAAAGCUCUCGAUCUCUAUACAAAGUUUAUGGCAUACGAUUUCAUAUCCUGGUACAUGGGAAGGCCGGAAAGUUUGCCAUUGUCCCCUUGGUCGUCAAUAUUGGUUCAGGACUGGCUGUGAUGGGAGCUGGAACCUUCUUCUGCGACAUUGUCCUCCUCUAUUUAACUACGGGGAGGAAGUCUUACAAAGACAAGAAGUUUGAAGUCUUAAAGUAUGAAAAGCAACACACGAGUACAGAUGUAGACAUUUCUUAAGUUUUUUUCCAUAUUGAAAGGACCACAGUAUGUGUGUACAGAAAAUAACGAGCUAGGAUAACUUCACUUUAGAUCUUUUAAAAUAAAUAUAUUAAUAUGAUAUACAAUUUGAAUAAUUUGAUUGAUUUAAUAAUUGAGUCCAAUAACAUAUGCUAUUUAAAUCAAGACAUAAGCUUGUGUUUUGGGGUUAAUUAAAAGCUAUUAUGGUCCUCACAGGACAUAAAACAUGCUUAACCUUAAACAUUUCCAGGAGUUAUACUGAGCCAAACAACACUGAUAAUCACUUUAUUACAAGUUCCCAGUUUCAUUUGUAGUGAGGUGUUUCCAUAGUGCUUUAUUACUUGUUGUUAAUAAAAAGUUCAUCCAUUGUUUUCGUCUGAAAACGCUCCACGUCCACACUAUCGUUUUCAGUCGUUUUCACAGAGUUGUGCGCCCACAUUGAAAGGGCCGAAAACGCUUAUGGUCCAGUACUGCACAUGCAUGAAACACAAGACGAUUCGACCUGCCUCAUUUCUGUCUGCCGUUUAUUUACUUUCCGGCUCUCUGAAACGUCGCGGCAAAAUGUUGA